AUGGGCUGCAAGUUUGAGCUGAGCUUCAAGGUCAUUGAUGUACCUAUCAACAGGGAUAAAUCGCGCUUCAAGAUUCUUGCAAAUGGCGGACAAGGAGACGAUGGCGGCAAAGGUGUGAGGGGUGGCUCUGGAGGAAAUGGAGCAGCUUCUGAUUACGACAGACAGGCUGAUGAUACAGACAUGCUUAAACAAAAACCAGAAUGGUAUAAAGAAGUUUACUCUGGCGGCAAUGGUGGGAAAGGAGGAAACGGAGGUGCUGGUGGCACCGGAGGCAAUGGCGGGUUCAUAAAAAUAUGUAACGCUGGAAUCCCCGAGAAAUAUCGACAGUUAUUGGUGGCGAUUUUCGAUUUACAGGCUCGGAAGGGCGUAGUUGGAAAACCUGGGGAGCCGGGCGACGGUGGCGGCGGCGGGACCUCUUCUAACAAAGCCGAUAUAGUCAUCUUUUACUUAGCAAGUAGUUCGAUUACUGACACACCCAGUCAAUUUCAGGAGUGUGCUGCAUAUUGGCACCCUGACCAUCUUAAUCCUCAGACUGGGUCUGCUGGUAGCAAGGGCGACAAGAAUAUGGCUACAACAGAAGGCUCAGAUGGUGCUACUGUAUUCGACUACCUGACCGAAACAUAUGAGACCAGCUUCAUAAGAGAUACUUUCUUCUUAUAUUCUCUGAUUAACCGCAUGUACUUUGAUGCUCACAACAUCUUCAGUAGCCAGAAGUAUUUGCCCGCAGAGACGUCGCAACCAAUUGACCCAAAGAAUUUCCAAGGAUCAGAAAGCGAUAUUAUGAUUCUCAAUGCCCGUAAGGAUUACUACGAAGUGUAUAACUGA